AUGAAAGAAUUCCAGAAGAUAAGCGGCCAAAUCGAUACGAAUUCGAAGAAGAAAGCCAAUACAAAAUCAAAGCAGAAUGUUGAGCAAGGGCAAGGCGAGAAAGAAAAGGCGAUUGAAUUUCUAAGCGACCAAUACGAUGAUUUACUUUCAUAUAAUAGCAAGAUGAAGAAAUAUCUUGAUCGCUUGGGCGCCCAAUUAAACGAAAUUAGUAUGAAAGUCGAAAGAAUUGAGAAAAUUCUCGAUAGUUUCGAAUCCUACAGUUAUCAGUACGGUGCGAAAAUUAUCGGUGUACCGGAGAUUAAUACAAAAGAAUCGUCAAUAAAAACCACUAAGCUAUGUGUUGACCUGUUUAAUGCAAUGGGUGCUAACGUUUCUGCCCAGGAUAUUGACAUUGCUCACCGCGUCUCGGAUCGAUCUUCUUGCUCAAGCGAAGGAAAGCCGAAGCCUAUUAUAUGCAAGUUUGUUAGGCGUUUAUCAAAAGAAUCUGUGAUGAAACUGAGAAAGGAAGCAGGUAAAAUUAAUUCUUCUGACUUGGGUUUCAAUGCUACUCUAGACAUUAAAAUUGCUAUAUUUGAUUAUCUUACGCCGAAACCUCAGAAACUCCUGUAUGAAGCAAAAAAUUCAAAGCAAGCCAUCGAUUUGAAUACUGUUGGACCAAGGAACAAUCAAGUAUAUCUUCGCGAACAUGAGAAUUCCCACACCUAUAAGAUUUCUGACCUUCAGGAUUUAAGAAGACUAGAGUCAUCCGACUACGAGUGCAGCACAGGAUCAAGAAGCGAUUGUGGCUAA